AUGGUUGACCUCAAGACCACUAGCCUCAACGUCCGUGGAAGGGACGAGGACAACGUGCCCGAGUAUGUGGUGGAUUGGACUGUCGAGGAGGAGAAGAAGGCGAAACGCAAGCUGGACCUCAUGAUCAUGCCCAUCCUAACGUUGGGCUUCUUCUGUCUCCAACUCGACCGCGGCAACAUGGCCAACGCCAUCACCGACAACUUCAUGGAAGACGUCGGCAUCGACCAAGACCAGUUCAACGUCGGACAACAAAUGCUCUCGCUCGGAAUCGUGCUGACCGAAAUCCCCUCCAACAUGAUCCUCUACCGCGUCGGACCCGGUAAAUGGCUCACGCUGCAACUCUUCCUCUUCGGAAUCGUGAGCACCUUCCAAGCAUUCCAACACGGAUACGCGGCGUUUAUCAUAACCCGCUUCCUGCUCGGCAUCACGGAGUCUGGAUUCAUCCCCGGCGGUCUGUGGACUCUCUCCACAUGGUAUACCCGCGACGAAACAGCCAAGCGCGUCAUGAUCUUCUACUUCGGGAACCAGAUCGGGCAGGCCAGUGCGAAGCUGCUUGCGUAUGGCAUUUUGCAUAUGCGGGGUGUCGGCGGGAAGGCCGGUUGGUUCUGGUUGUUUGCCCUUAUGGGUUCGUUCACCGUUCUCAGUGGUUUUAUCUUUGGGUUCUUCUUGCUUGACUCGUUCAAGAACCCGCAUAGUACGUUCUUGCCGAAGGUGUCGCGGUUCACAGAGAGGGAGCUGCAUAUAUUGCAAACAAGGGUCCUACUCGAUGAUCCGAUGAAGGGAAAGAAGAAGAAGAAGAUUCGAGGGGAUGCUUUCAAGCGAACAUUUACGGACUGGCGCAUCUGGAUCCAUUUCCUCAUCACCCUCUGCAACAACGGUCCGCAGCGCGCAUUCGACACCUACGCCCCCUCGAUCGUCACCAGCUUCGGCUUCGGCAGCCUCAUCAGUAACGCCAUGGCGUCUGUUGGUCUGUGGCUACAGGUCCCAAUGUCGUUUGCAUUCAGCUACGUAUCGGAUAACUACAACCGCCGCGGCGAAACCGUCAUCCUCGGCCUCUUCUGCCACCUACUCGGCUACAUUUUCAACCGAGCUUUCACGGACGUGCACCUCCGCGGCGUGCGCUACUUCGGCGUCGUCUGGACGCAAAUCUUCGGGACAUUCUCGCACCCGCUGAACAUCGCGUGGUUGUCGCUGACGUGCCAUGAUUCAGAGCAGAGAGCACUUUCCAUGGCUGGGGUUAUAAUGGGCGCGAACAUCGCUGGCAUCUACGGAGCGCAGAUCUUCCGCUCUGAUGAUAAGCCGCUGUACCGCCGCGGCUUUAGUGUUGCGAUCAGCGUGCUUGCUUUUGGUCUUUUGCUUGCCAUCGUGCGGUAUGUGGAUACGCUUAUCCAUCGUCGUCGUAAGCUGCGGGCUGUUGAGCGUGAGAGCGAGCAUGGGGAGGAGGGUGUUGUUGGUGCGAGCAAGACCUAG